UCUCUUCAGUCGGCUGUGUUGCAUGAGGUUGGAAGCACAAAAUGAAGCAACAUAAAGACGUGACUUCUUCUCGCAGAAAAUGCCGUAAGGCUCACUUCUCAGCCCCAUCAAGUGUUAGAAGAAAGCUUAUGAGUGCUCCCUUGUCGAAAGAAUUGCGACAAAAAUACAACGUUCGCUCAAUUCCAGUCCGUAAAGACGACGAGGUGCAAGUCACACGUGGGCACUUUAAGAGCCAACAAGUUGGCAAAAUCAUCCAAGUCUACCGUAAAAAAUGGGUUAUUCACAUCGAUAGAAUCCAGAGAGAGAAGGCUAAUGGUGCUACCGUGAGUGUAGGUAUCGAUCCCAGCAAGGUUGAGGUCGUCAAACUCAAGCUAGAUAAAGAUCGUAAGAGAAUUUUGGAAAGAAAGAACCGUUCCAAGUUAGCAGAGAAGGGAAAACACACAGAGGAGGAAGUCCAAGCCAUGGCUACAGAGUGAAGUAUCUUUACAGAAUUUCCAAAUUGUCAAUCAAGGUCAAGCUUCAACCACCUCUCUUAAUCAGCUUGUUCAAAUAAAAAUUAUUCCAACUUA